GCUAACGGCAAAUGUGAAGUUCGAUCACAAAAGGUGUGUUAUUGUUUACGUUUGUUUCAGGGUCAGUUAAACAAGAACUCAGAUCGAUGAUGGCUUCAUCAUCUUUGGAUGGGGAGCCUGCAACCCAGGUUGACAAAGAGGAGCCCAAGUUUAUGAGGCAGAUGAGCAUGUCGAAUCUGAAGGAUGAAUUUUGUGACCCAGAUAAUCCAAAAAAGAUACAGUUUGAAGACAUCAGUGCUGCUGCCUACAAAAUAAGAGAUGGCGUCAUGAAGACUCCUUGCACACGGUCUCGGUUAUCUGGACUUUUGGGUGUUGACCUAUUCUUUAAAAAAGAAUUUCUACAGUUUACUGGCAGUUUCAAGGAAAGAGGUGCAAGAUAUACAUUGAUGAUGCUGAAUAAGGAGCAGAAAGAAGGUGGAGUAGUGGCAGCUAGUGCUGGCAACCAUGCCCUAGCACUCUGUUACCAUGGCAAGGAACUCAACAUCAGUAUUACCGUGGUGAUGCCCAAAAUAGCCCCGUUGAUGAAGGUGCAGGCUUGUCGGUCCUAUGGUGCCAAUGUCAUUGUUACAGGGAAGGAUAUCUCAGAGUCAAGAGAACAUGCUAUGAAGUUGGGAAAGCAGCAUGGACUGAUAUACAUAAAUGGAUAUGACCACCCACACAUACUGGCAGGGCAGGGGACGGUAGGACUGGAAAUUCUGGAGCAAGUUCCUGACCUUGAUGCCUGCAUCAUCCCUGUGGGAGGUGCUGGACUCAUUGCCGGUGCUGCGUUGGCCAUUAAAAGUCUCAAGCCAGCAGUCCAGAUUAUUGGAGUGGAGUCCGAGACCUGUCCUAGUUUUUCUGCAGCUAUGAAGGCAGGCAAGCCAGUGUACACCAAUGCAACCUCAACGUUGGCAGACGGUACUCGGAGAGCAGAAAAAACUAUCUCAACGCUGGCCGAUGGUCUGGCUGUCCCCACUGUAGGAGUGAACGCCUAUGUCACAGCUGCCCCACUCAUAGACAAGAUGGUGGUCGUGGAUGAGCAGAGCAUUGCUCUAGCUAUUCUCAGGUUGAUAGAGCUGGAGAAAGCUGUAGUCGAGGGUGCUGGGGCCACUGGUCUGGCCGCCAUUAUACAGGGAAUGCUGCCUGAACUGGCCGGCAAAAGGGUGGUUGUGAUCCUUUGUGGCGGCAACAUUGACACCACCUGUCUGGGUCGUGUCAUAGAGAGGGGUCUCGCUGCUGAUGGGCGGCUGGUCAGAUUUGUGGUAACGGUCAGUGACAGACCAGGAGGCAUCACGGAGCUGGCCAGGACUAUUUCAAAAAUGGGAAUUAGUUUGAAGGAUAUGUACCACGAGCGUGCUUGGAUUAAGUCCGACAUUUUCUCAGUCCAGGUGAAAUGCGUUGUAGAGACCAGAGACGCAGAACAAAGUAAAGAGUUGGAGAGUGUUCUACGGGAGAAGUAUGAUCAUGUUGUGUGGGGUCCUGUCCAUUAGAAUAAUAGUUAAAACACAGCGACUAGACAGAGGUGAAUCUUUGUAUCACUGUCACCUUAUUGUCUGUUCAUUCAGGAGCUUUAAAUUUGAUUCAGGUAUCCCAGAUAUUACCACUGUAUGUUUAUAUUGUAGUUUGAAAAGGUGGGAUUUUUUUUAAUCCGUACCUAAUUGGAAAUCUUUAAUCAAGAUGGUGCCGAAAUACACAAAUAGCGGGCCAAUACAUGAAUGAUAAUAUGUAGUCUGCUGUAUUUUUUUCCCCACAUGCCAUAAUUAAUACAGUGUAGUUAAUUAUCCUCAGUCUUCCAACUGAACAUCGACAUGAUAAAACUAUGUGAUUCCUUCGUAAGUUAAUCUCCAGGACAACGAUACAGGGUACAAUGUUUUAGUCUCCAUGGUACCAUUGUAGGGUACACUUGUAUUUGUCACCAUGACGACGGUGUAGGGUAUACAUACAUUAGCCUCCCUAAUUGUUUGACAAAUAUCACAGUUGACUUGAGUCCCACACAGUAACCCCUUAUCCCGUUUUAAUCUUGUAUUUUAUACAUUUAUUUAUUCAAGGUAUUGUUUUAUUUCUGAAUACAUAGUUAAAAAAAUGCUUAUGUGGUGCAAUUAUUAUCACUUUUCUUAAAACUGUUGGAAAUUAAGCACUACACAAUUUACAAACAGCAUAAUCCUGUCCAUUGAAUUCCUCCAUUCCACUGUCUCGCACUUUAUCUCCUGUAUAAAAGGCCUGUUAUGGUGAGGGGAAAAAA